AUGUCUUUCCGAUUGUCUAGUGGAUCCAGGCGGUCCUGCUCGCGAGCUGGUUCUGUCAGGCUGUCCCGUGGAGAGGCAAGCUUUGUGGCUGACAAUGUGUGUGUUGGUUCCUCGGGAGCAGGAAGCAGCUUUUCUGGUACGCUUGGGGGCGUUUCUCCUGGAGGAAGCUUCUGCAACGGUGGUGGAGGGUCUGGAAGCCACGUUAGCACUGGUUUUCUUGGAAAUGAGUACAGCCUUCUGUCUGGGAAUGAGAAGGUAACCAUGCAGAACCUCAACGACCGCCUGGCCUCUUACCUGGACCACGUGCACGCCCUGGAGCAGGCGAACGCAGACCUAGAGCAGAAGAUCGAGAGCUGGUAUGAGAAGUAUGGGCCUGGCUGUUGUCGGGGACUUGAUCAUGACUGCAGCAGAUAUUUGUCAGUCAUUGAAGACCUCAAAAAGCAGAUUGUUUCUGUGACCACAAGUAAUGCCAGCAUCAUUAUACAAAAUGACAAUGCCAGGCUGACUGCUGACGACUUCAGACUGAAGUAUGAAAACGAGCUUGCCCUGCACCAGAGUGUUGAGGCGGACACCAACGGUCUCCGCAGAGUGUUGGAGGAGCUGGCCCUGAACACAACAGACCUGGAGAUUCAGUGUGAGACCCUGGGUGAGGAACUGACAUACCUCCAAAAAACUCAUGAGGAGGAAAUGGGAGUCCUGCAACAUGCAUCAGGAGGCAACGUGAAUGUGGAGGUGAACGCAGCCCCAGGAGUGGACCUAACUGUUAUGCUGAACAACAUGAGGGCUGAGUAUGAGGAACUGGCUGAACAGAACCGCAAAGACAUCGAGGCUUGGUUUAAUGAGAAGAGUGCAUCAUUGCAACAGCAGAUUUCAGAUGAUGCAGGAGCAACCACAGCAGCUAGAAAUGAGCUGACAGAACUGAAGCGCAACCUACAAACCCUGGAAAUAGAACUUCAGUCCCUUACGGCUAUGAAACAUUCCUAUGAAUGCUCCCUGGCUGAGACAGAAGGAAACUACUGCGUUCAGCUCCAGCAGAUCCAGGAUCAGAUUGGGGCAAUGGAGGAGCAGCUACAGCAGAUUCGAACGGAAACGGAAGGCCAGAAGCUGGAGCAUGAACGGCUUCUCGAUCUCAAAGUAUUUUUGGAGAAAGAAAUUGAGACAUAUUGCAACUUACUAGACGGAGAAGAAAGAAGGAGCACACCCACGUGUUACAAAGCAAAAGGGUGCAGACCUGGGAAUCAAAUCAAAGACUCAAAAGAAGAAGUGUUUGUCAAAACGGUGGUUGAAGAACUCGAUCAACUUGGCAAUGUCGUUUCACUGAGAGUCCACUCCAUAGAAGAAAAAUCUUCUAAGAUAAGCAACAUUACAAUGGAGCAACGAGUACCUUCUAAAGCAUCAUAA